AUGAGAGUGUCAUUAUUAUUAAUCUUUCGACUUUUGUAUUUUUUCAAUGUAUAUCAAUUUACUAACGCUUGGGAUAACGAGGAGUUAGAAGUAUUCGAUGUCGUCGAAGAAGUUAAUCAAAAUUUUUACGAAGUCCUUGGUGUACCACAGGCAGCAAACGCCUCGGAGAUCAAGAAAGCUUUCAGAAGGUUGUCGUUACAAUUGCAUCCUGAUAAAAAUCCUGCAGAGGAUGCUGAGCAACAAUUUAGAAAACUAGUUGCUGUGUACGAUGUGUUGAAAGAUCCUGGCAAACGUCAAAAAUAUGACAAUGUCCUUGUUAACGGAUUGCCAAAUUGGCGAUCAGCUGUAUAUUACUACCGACAUGUACGAAAAAUGGGACUUUUAGAAUUAAGUAUAAUUUUAUUUUUAAUCAUCACAGUCGGACAAUAUGUGGUAGCGUGGGGUGCAUACUUUGAGAAAAGAUAUACAUACGAACAAGUUUUAGGUAGUAAACUUCAGAAAAUGCAGAAAAAGAACAAGAAAGGUAAAAUGGAUGUGCCGGAUUUGGCAGAUAUUUUGGAGAAAAUACCAACGCCAACCAUAUGGAACACUCUACCAUUUCAAUUUCCAAGGUGGAUAAUAGCGUUCACGUUAUCCAUACCGGAUGUCGUACGCGUGAUGUAUAGCUUAUUGGAGGAAAGAAAACGGAGAAAGAAACUGGAAGAAGAAGAGGCAACAGCCCAAGAAACUGAACAGUUACCACCUGAACCCACGUCUCGAGCAAGAAGACGCAGAGCUGCUUUUACCCCGCAAGAAAGAAGCGGCAAUAAUAUCAAAGAAGCAUCGAGGAAAGACCAAACGAGCCACGUUUAUCAGAAGCCUGCGUUGUUCGGUGGUUUGUGGACCGACGAUGAUAUAUUAGAGUUAAUUAAACUGGUGAAAAAAUAUCCUAGCGGUACGCCAGAAAGGUGGGAUAAAAUUGCAGAUGCAAUGAAUCGUACGGUUGCCGAAGUGACUCACAUGGCGAAAAAGAUAAAAGAUGAAGGGUUGAAGCCUGGCGCAUCUACAGAGGAAGUCGUAGUAGAAGAGCGUCCGAAGAAAAUGAAAACGCGCGCUGAAAGCGUGGAUAACGUAAGCGACUGGAGUCAAGACCAGCAAAGAGCGCUGGAAGCAGCGCUCAUAAAAUAUCCGAAAGGCAUGUCGGUUGAUAGAUGGGAAAAAAUUGCAAACUGUGUCGAGGGAAAGACAAAGGACGAGUGCCAAGCAAGGUAUAGACAAUUGGUGGAAUUAAUAAAAAAGAAGCAAGAAACUCAAUAGCCUGCCAUGUACAAGAUUGUUCCUUCAACAAAAAUGUGUAGUCCAUACAAACAAGUCCAAAAGAAUGUAUUCAAUCAUCUAAAGAUACAUAUUUCACGGCUGUUGUACAUUUAUAAUAUGGAUGAAUUACAGAGAAAGAUUCUCUUAACAGAUGGAGGAAGAACGAUGAAAAAAAAAAAAAGAAGUUUAUACGUGAAAAAGAAUAUUGCUCCUACAUCAUUUUAUUAUUAAAUGUUUGUGGAGAAUGUAUUUAUUUAAUAAAUUUAAUAAUUAAUUAAGAGGAAAAAAGACUGAUAAAAUAUAAUAAUUAAAUACUUUCCUGCUCUUUGAGACUGAUACUCUGCUUUUAUUAAUAUUAUUUGUCCGAUAAAAUGUGUAUUUUUAAUUUUUGAGAUUUGUAAAAAGUAGUAUGAAGAAAAUAUUGCUAUGCCACAAUGUAUAACACAUUUCGCCCUAUUACUAACAUAUUUAUAUAGAUAAUGUUCAUAUAAUUAAUUAUAUCAAAAUAAUCGAUGUUAGAUCUUACAACACGUUAUUGUACUUGUUGAUAUUGGUGCAUACCUCGUCGCAAACAAACAAAAAAUUCCGUCUUAUAUAUUUUUAGAGUUCUUAUGAACGUAAUUCUUGCAUUACUAAUAUACAUAAUUCAAAGGCUAUAUACAUUUCUGUAUGAUAACGAACAUGGUAACUGCCCAAAGAUUAUUCUACAUAUAAUUCAUAUUAUUUAAAUAAAAAGUCAUAAAUGUUGUAAACAUAGAGUAUUAUAAUUUAAAUGCUAAAUGUUAAAAUGGUUCUAUUCAAUUUAAAGUAUGCGUUAAAAUUAAGUAUAUUAUUUAAAAAAAGUUUACUAUACCUGUGAUUUCUAUGUUUUUUUCUCUUCUUCUAAUGAGGCAGCAGUAAAUUACAUUUUAAUGAUGAACUAUUUAUUGAGGCUAGUUCAUAAAUAAUGUGAAACUCUGUACAAAAAUUAUUUACAGAUUGUAUAAUAAACAUCUUAAUUACGUCUCC